GCGGCCGGGGGUGGCGCGGUCCCGGUGCGCUGUCAGCCCGGACGGCGGAACGUGUCGCACCGCGCCGUCCGUUGCGGGCGCGACGCUCCUUCCCCCAUGGGCAGCCGGGCGGCGGAGGGUGCGAGGAGCCGGCGUCCCUCAGAUGAUAGUAUGCCAGAAGCACCUGGUACAGAAUCAAGAAGGCUUACGAGAGAACAGCUAUUUACAAUGGCUGCAACAGCUUCUAUAAACUUCAGUUCAAUGAUAUGCUAUUCAAUCCUGGGACCCUUUUUCCCUUCAGAGGCAGAAAAAAAGGGUGCCAGUAACAGUGUUGUUGGCCUGAUUUUUGGAUGUUUUGCUUUGGUCAAUUUCUUGUCAUCUUUAGUCUUGGGAAAUUAUCUUACACAUAUUGGAGCAAAAUUCAUGUUUGUGGCAGGGAUGUUUGUUUCAGGAUGUGUGACCAUUCUGUUUGGAAUGUUGGACAAGGUGCCAAGUGGGCCAAUGUUCAUUGGUUUGUGCUUUUUAGUAAGAGCAAUGGAUGCAGUAGGUUUUGCAGCAGCAAUGACAGCAUCAUCUUCAAUCCUUGCAAAGGCAUUUCCCAAUAAUAUAGCUACUGUCCUGGGCAGCCUUGAAAUUUUUACAGGACUUGGACUGGUGCUGGGCCCACCUUUAGGUGGCUUUUUGUAUCAAUCAUUUGGUUAUGAGAUCCCUUUCAUUACACUGGGAUGCAUAGUGUUGACCUUGGUGCCUGUGAAUAUGUGCAUAUUACCAAAAUACGAUUCAGUCCCUAGCAAAGACUCCUUUUGGAAGCUAGUUCUUCUGCCGAAAGUCUUACUUCUCUGUCUUACUAUAUUUUCUCUAAGUGCAUGCUUGGGCUUUUUGGAUCCCACAAUGUCUCUAUUUAUCCUAAAGCAGUUCAAACUCCCAGCUGGUUAUGUGGGCUUGGUAUUCCUUGGUUUGGCGCUCUCGUACUCCCUGGCUUCUCCCCUCCUUGGAUUCCUAAGUGACAAACUGCCAUACCUCAGGAAGUGGUUGCUGGUAAUUGGAAGCUUAAUGACAGCAGUGUCCUUUUUCAUGUUAGGACCUGCUCCCGUGCUGCACAUUGAAAGUCAGCUGUGGAUGUUUGUGCUAAUGCUGGUUUUGCUUGGGUUUUCCAUUGGCAUGAGUGCUAUCCCAGUGUUUCCAGAGAUACUGCACUGUGCAUAUGAGAAUGGAUUUGAAGAAGGUCUGAGUCUGCUGGGGCUGGUGUCUGGGCUCUUCAAUGCCACGUGGUCCCUUGGGGCAUUUACAGGUCCAACUCUGGGAGGAUUUCUAACUGAAAAGCUGGGUUUUGAAUGGGCCUCAGCCAUCCAAGGAGGAUGGGCACUGUUAACUGGUCUUGUUACUGCAGUAUUCUAUAUCACUGAGGCAACAAGGAGAAGUUCCAGUUCCAGCCUGCGAAAUCCUCCUGGUAAUAAUGAAGAAAGAAGUCAUCUGAUGGGCAAUGAAACAUAGCCAGGAAUACUUUCAAUUCUCUUUUUACUAUUGUGGUUUAACCUAGUGCUGAGAUGAGUGGACUUCAGUCAUCAUCCCUGGAGGUGUUUAAAAGACAUGUAGAUGAGGUUCUUAGGAGCAUGGUUUAGAGAUGGACUUGGCAGUAUUAGGUUAACAGUUGGACUUGAUGAUCUUAAAGGUCUUUUCCAACCAGAACAAUUCUAUGGUUCUGUUCCAUGAUUAUUAACAGAGCUGGAAUAUGUGAUCCUGUAGUGAAUAGCCAGCUGUGGUUUAAUUGUAGCUGUGUGUUUUGAAACACUAAACACUGACUGCCUUUCUUUUGGGGAGACCUCAUGUGGAUUGGCUGAAGUGAUGAGUAACUCUCAGAUGUCAGCCCGUUUAAUUGUGUUCCAUGUACAGUGCACCACUGUAUGUGAAGAGGUAUGUUUUCAAACGUCUGGUUUCUAUAUGUGAACCUGCUGUGCAUUAUUCUUGGGUAGAGCUACUAUUUUGCUACUAUAAUUUUCCAUGUUUUUAAAAGAAAGUACCUUAUCUUGUAAUACUUCAAUGACAUAAAAUGUUCAAAACAGAAUUUGAAAUGACAGCAUUAAGCACAAAAUUGUUUUCAGUAAAGAAACUUUUUUUUCCUAAGUUCUGUGAAUUUUCUUAGACAACAAGAGUCUAAAGAUCUUUGUGUUUACCAGCACUUGUAUUAUCUUGAAAGUGCCUGAAAACAAGAGGCCAAGUUAAUGAAGAGAAGACUUCGUCAGCCCUGGAGGAGACUUGGCGUUGUGUGUGUAUGUGUGUAUACAUACAUGCACAGACAUAUGUAUGUUUGUAUUGUAUAUUAGGACUCAGCUUUGUGUGUGUGUGAGAUCUGUUUUACUAAUAAAUGCCAGCUGGAAUGUUUGUACUAA